AGGCGCUACAUAGUAUGAUGGUUUUUUAAUGUGUUUAUUUGGGUCAAUUGUCAUUGUUUUUGAGUGCAGAAGCUCAUUACACUGUAUCGUUUAACGUCCAUCAUGGUCUUCAAUGUGAUGAUACAGACUUUCGUUUUGGAGAAGUUCAAAGCAGUUACAACUUUCCCACCGGUUUAAUCUUUUUGCUUAACAAUUUAUUGCUGCUCUAAAGUUUUGUUACAAUAAAUCGAGGAAAUUCCUAACUUAUGAGUACUUAAGUGUACACAGAAGACUUAUGUACUGUUCUAAACGAUUUGAGUCACUUAAUCGAUAGUUGUUGGAAGAAGUGCCGGUAAAGUAUGCUUUGUUGGCUGCCGAAGGAUAACGGGGGAAGCUCUUUGGUUAUUGAAUUAAGUAUUGUCUAGUGAUAUUUUUUUGGAGAAUACUAUUGGGUUGUAUUUCUGUUAAUCACUGUUGGUACUCUGAAUUUGCUGUAGUUAAAAGUCAAAUUUUAUGACAUAUACAUGAUAAAUAUUAUCGCUCUUAAUAUGUUGAUGACCCUCUGGUUUGGGGAAAUCUACAAGCGACUAACCUCACGAAUAUUGCGUAAACUUAGGGGCCAAAAGAUCUCGUCCCUUUUUUAACACUAGUAUUAAAUACUAAUGUAUAAUAGGGAUACAUCGAUUUCGUAAUUUGAGUGGUCUUAGUACCACAAUCCAAUAUCGAAAAGGAUGUUGGCAUCACCACAUAUGAUGCUGUAUGUGUCUCUUCUCAUUGUCGUUCGCCGAUCGACGAGGUAUACUCUAUUUUGAUUUCUCUCUCGGUAUAUAAGUUUAAAUAAUGAUUGCAUUACUACUCCCUUCUGAACUUCAGGUAAGCGUCCCUAUCAAAAUAAUUUGAAAUUAUGGAGUGCCUCUGUAACACCAAAUCCUUUUGUCUUCUGGAUCUCAAUGUACUAUGAUUUAAGCUAAACACAUUCUAAUUCAGUUUAUCGCGUGUUCGGAGUUGAAGAAUAUUUGGAGUAUGUCUCGUAUUUUACUUGAAGCUUCCAAGUCAUUAAGCUCCUGCUAAUUCCUAGAUGCUUCAGCGUUUUGAACUUUUUUUUCUGGUACUUAUGCGAAUGGGUUGAAUUUUUUGAGGCUGCUGGUGUUCCAGCCAAACUAAGGGAAACAUAUGCUGGAAUUUUUGUUGAACAUCGAAUUAACAAUUCAGUCCUUGCUGAUUUAGAUAAGGAUCACUUAAAAGAUAUGGGGAUCACAGUUAUUGGAGAUAUUAUUUCCAUACUGAAGCAAUGCAAAAAAAUAAGACACGAGUUAUCAGUUGCACCAACUCCUGUUGUCACUUCAACUACGUCGAAAGACUGCUCAUCUGAAAAUAAAAAAGCUGCGUCCAAAAAUGUCGGCCUUUUAGUCCCAGUGCGUCGUCGAAUGAAUCCUGAGGUUGAAGGAAAAUAUAUUGUUAAAAUGCCCAAGGGCACGACUUUGAAGACCCAGAAGAUUCUUGCAUCCAUGAAGCAAAAAAACAGUGCAAAGUCUAGUCAACCUGAAGUUGCCAAAGCCUCCAAAACUAAUGAACCUCCCGUAUCGUCUACCUUCGAAGACAGCGAUGUUGAUGAUUGUGAUAAUUAUCGUGUUAUCAUCUCUAAAUCAAAUACACAUGGUUCCACAUCUAGUGAUUCAGUAUUCAGUCGUUUAGGUAAUACUGUAAAUAGAGAGGAUUCACCUACAAGUGUGCUUAUAAAAAAAACGACAGAUUCAUCUGCUGCAAUGCAACGCUUUAUUCGUUGGAAUUUAAAUGACAACAGUCUUGGAUCACCUUUUCGUCCUUCACCAUCUGUUGCAGAAACUAUUAUGAGCUCGUCAGAGGAUUCUUUGAAUUUUAAAGUUGUUAAACAAGUUAGCGGUCUUACAAAAAGCCUUGAUCAGUCUGUUAAAUUAAGAACACCCCUUAAACGACAUGCUUCUGAUACGGUAUUUAGUCGUUUAAGUACCCCAUCAACUACUAUACAACCAAAUGAUCAACUUUCUUACCAAGGAAUUUUGAAGAAGUCACGAACGCAACUUCCUAAAUUUAACGAUGAAUCGAUGUCUCCAUGUUCUCUAAAUAGCUUUCUUUCUCCAUACACCGAAGGUGUACUUAGCCAGAGUCGUAUGCAAAAAGUUUCUGUAAAAAACCGCUUAGGUAAUUGAUUUAUUCAUUUAAGAAAUUUGUUUCGCUUAAUUCUUAUGCCCUACUUUAAUGUGUACAAAAUAUGAGUUUAUUAAAUACAAAUUGACAUUUUCCCCUGUUCUAUCGAUCGUCUAUUACUAUAAUCUGUUUUUUUUUCAUGAUAGGUGGAGCAGUUUUUUAUUUUAUGGCAAUGAAACGUUUAAUAACUUCACCUAAAUUUUUGGUGUAGUUCUAUGAUAUUGCAUUGGUCCACCUACUAGAUCUGUUGAAUUUAUUUGAUUGCUCAGAUCGAAGUCAAUAGAUUUUGUACCCUAUUGAUGAAAAAUAAGAUCCAUAGACGUCUGUGCUACGGUUUUAUCUCUCAAUCUCAGAAUUAACGUGAAUUGCUCGGUCCCAUCCUUGUAAACCUAAAUCCACUUCAUUUAAUUUAAAUCGUACAGAAGUCCGUCAUUUGUAGUCCAAGUUAAACUACUACAUUGUUAAUAUAUUAUGACGAACUGCUUUAAAAUUUAUGCAUAAACCUAUUUACAGUCACUUUUGAUUCCACACUCUAUCUUUCAAUAGCACAAGUUCCCACUGACCUACUUACUGCCAUUACAGUUCAUACUAUGCUUCUUAAAUACCGAUUCCUCAUAAAUCUUUGCAGUACUCCUCAUUUGUCGUUUCGCAGUUCGGUACGAGCUAGUGGACAAACAUUCUCCUUUUAGAGACAAACGUUCUACAAUUAUGGGUACGACGAUUUAUAUCAGACUCUACAAAGUUAACGAAAACAACGAAGGUGGUUGAGUUGAAACAGACUCCAAUGAAGUGUAUGGUUCUUUCUACAUAUAUUGGGAAUUCGGAUCAAUUUGGGUUUUGUAUUUAUGAUGUACUGCUCCCUCCAGGAAAUAUUUUGGACUUUCAUAUUAUUGCCGCUGAUCAUUUUGAUAGACUGUUUUCAUAAUUCACUACAUGAAUAUUAUUGAAUGAUUAAAGAUUAUAUCGCUUGUUAGGUUUUAAACAAGUUGAUUGUUAUCUUUCGACUAUAUAAGCAUUACAUGUAACUAAAUUCCUUUGACCAUAAAGUAUGUUGUAUGUAGUACAUUGGUAUUCUGGGUGAAUAUAAUUUGGACUUAAUUCAAUCUAGGUUUAAAAGAUUUGCUUUAAAGAUUUUAUUGAGAUAUGUUUUUAGAAUUUGAGUCAUAAAGAGCUGAUUACUUUAUUGGUUUUAUCUUGUGAAUCCCUAUCUUUUUAGCGAGUCGUUGGAUGUUAACGGCAAUUAUUAGGGGUUCAUAGUGAUAUUGAUGUUCGAAUGCUUAGUGCACAUCGGUGGUGCAUCAAUUUGGCAGUUGGUUUCUCGCUCAUGGGUUAUUUGUUUCACUGAGGUUUCGAUUACACUUCUAAAUAAUUGUUUCCACAUUCGUUACAAAACAGGUUUUAUCAUCGUAGAAGUAAAUAAGAAAAAAAUUACAUUAUUGCAAAAAAGGGUUUCUUCCAAAACUUAAAGAAAGGAAAAUUAAUUGUUUAUCAAAUUCAUUGUUAAAGUCCUCAUAUCAAUAAACUGCCUUCCUUUAUGAAAUGGUGGUGAAGAUUUGUAGCUUAGGUGGAUGAUUUUAACUUCUACCUGAAGUUUGUGCCGAUGAUGUCGUUCAAAAUAACGAUGAAAGCUCCACGACCAAACCAUUCAUCUCAGAAAACAAAACUCCAUAAAAAUACCCUCCUUUAUAUUUUAUAGGAUUGUCAAUGUGACUACUUAUAAGUAGUCAGGUUUAGUUUCCAUUACUUCGACUUGAAAUGUACAAAGCUGUAUGCCAUUUUCUUAUAGCUUUUGGGAAAUUCCCUUAUGAAAGUCGAUAUGUAAAAUACAUAAUGCUUUGUUUGGCAGUAGAAAUAUUUCUAUGCUCUACAAAUAUGCGCAUUAUUUUGAUAUUUGGGUAUGUUAAUCUAGGAAUGGUUGUUUCCAUUCUCUGUUUUACAUGAAGGUCCAGAUACCAUAAAAUUAACUUAUCAAAUCAUUCAAAUGUCAGUCGUUUUGGUAAAAAGAAUAUCACACAACUGUUUUAUUAUUUUUAGUAUAUGUAUAUAUACAGUUUGAUCAGUACAUAGUCUAUUUUUUUAAAGUUAUACAACAAAAAUUUUUCCCAUCAAUAUUUUACUUAAAUUUUCUUUAUGUUUUAGGCAACAGACAAGGAAAGUCUAAUGUUCCAGUUCAUUCUAGACUUGGUCGAGCAUCUAAUCCAGUAUGAAUAAUCUGAUUUUUAUGACUUUUACUGGACUUAGUGUAUAUAUACAUAAAUAUAUUCUGCAUACCAUAAAAUAUAAUUUUAGGUAUCCA